AUGUUCCCGAUGAACUCACUCUGCAGGGGUUUGCACCUCUUGGCCCAGAAGCAUGUGGCGGCUCUGGAGUGCUGCUCGGUGCUGUGUACACAUGCGUCCUCUUCCUCAUCCUCGUGCUCAUCCUCACUGCAUGUGCCCCCUCCUGCCUGCAUGCUGCGCCCACUCGAGGUGCCAUUCCGCUACCUGUUCGGACCCGGACCAUCUAACGUGUCGCCCCGUGUGCUGGCCGCCACAGGGAGACCCAUCAUCGGUCACCUGCAUCCAGAAAUGUAUGAGAUUAUGAAUGACAUCAAGGAUGGGAUCCGGUACGCCUUUCAGACUACCAACCUCAUGACGCUGGCAAUGAGCGGUUCAGGUCACACAGCCAUGGAGUGCGCGGUGUUUAACAUCGUGGAACCUGGAGAGAGUGUCCUGGUGUCCAUUAAUGGCGUGUGGGGAGAACGCGUGGCAGAAAUCGCAGACAGAAUGGGUGCCGACGUUCACACUCUGGUAAAAGCUCCCGGUGGUUAUUUCACAAAUGAAGAAAUCGAAAAGGAGAUUUCCAAACACAAGCCCGUCCUGUUCUUCCUCACCCAUGGAGAAUCCUCAGCUGGUCUAGCUCACCCUGUAGAUGGCAUCGGAGACAUCUGCCACAAGUAUAACUGCUUGUUCUUGGUGGAUUCAGUGGCGUCUCUGGGAGCUUCACCUCUUCUCAUGGACAAACAGAAGAUCGAUAUUCUGUACACGGGCUCACAGAAGGCCUUAAACGCUCCUCCAGGGACAGCACCUAUUUCAUUCAACGAAAGAGCAUGUCAGAAGAUGUUCAACAGGAAGACGAAGCCCGUGUCCUACCUGCUGGACAUGACUCACCUGUCCAACUACUGGGGGAACGACGGUAAACCUGACCGAAUGUAUCAUCACACCGGCCCCGUGUCUGGAUUGUUCGCCCUGAGAGAGAGUCUCGCCAUCCUUGCAGAGAAGGGCCUGGAGAACUCGUGGAGACAGCACAGAGUGGUCACAGAGUAUCUGUGGAAGGGUUUAGAAGAUCUCGGCCUUAAACUCUUCAUCAAGGACAAGGAUCUGAGGCUGCCAUCGGUCACCACCAUCAGCAUCCCUGAAGGAUAUGAUUGGAAGGAGCUUCUAAUGUACAUGAUGAAGCACCACCAGCUGGAGAUGACGGGAGGGCUGGGGCCGUCCACUGGCCUGGUGAUGCGUGUGGGGCUGAUGGGCUACAACUGCAGCAUGUUUAACGCUGAUAAAGCUCUGGAAGCCCUGGCCGACGCCCUGAAACACGGCAAAAAACACAAGGCCUAA